AUGGCAACCCCCGACCCUCACCCCGACCUAAAAGCCCUCUACGACAAAGAAAACGAACUCAACGCCCAGUGGGAGCACGACAUCCACGAAGCCCGCAAGAUACACUACGAGCAUAACAAAUCCUUCUACCAGCGUCGUGCAGAGCUCGCAACCGGCUGGACGGGCGACACCCAAACACACCAUCCCCCCAUCCGGGAUUUCUGGCUGACAGCCCUGCGCAAUGAGCACGAGACCCGCAAGCUAGUCACAAAGCUCGAUCUGGGUCCUCUAAAGUCCCUCAUUGACAUCCGCGUCGAGUGGCUCGAGGGCUUCGACUACGUGCUUGCUUUUUACUUUGCUCCCAACGAAUACUUCACGAACCGGAUGAUGCGCAAGGAGUUCUACUACGAUAAGACUGGCGAGCCGACUCCGAACCCGUCGCCUUUGGAGAUGAGGGGUGAUCGGAUUCAUUGGAAGAAGAAUCAUAUCCUGCAGGCGGAGUGUCAUGCGCGGAUUGGGACGAAGUCGUUCUUUGCCUUUGUGUCGAGGUCCCUGGCGUAUGGGGAUGCGCAGACGAGUGAAGAGGAAAGCAUGGAGGAUGCGAGAAUAACGGAGGAUUUUGAGAUGGGGGAGUCCAUUAGGGAUUCUGUACAGCCUUAUGCUAUGGAGUUGAAUUCAAAGGCGUUUGGCUUGGAGGAGGAUGGCGUAGGUGAGGAGGCUGAGGAGGCUGAGGAGGAGGACGAUGAGGAUAUUGAUUAUGAUAUGGAAUAG